AUGGGAGAUGCAAGAAUUAACCUUGAACUAGUCUUUGACCCCGGUAAACCCUUUGACUUGCCACAUUGUGUUCUGGGUUGUAAUUCCCUAAGGCAGCUCAAGGUUGAUGCCGGGGAUGGAUUUGUCAGAUCACCCUCUCCUUAUUUUGCUGCUACAAAUCUGCAGAGGUUAGAAUUACGCCCUGUUCGAAUCGAAAAGGGCUGCAAUGUUAACCUUGGAAAAUUGUUUUCAUCUUUCAAGUCCCUCAAGUGUUUGUGGCUCCGUAAAAUAAGCGGUGUAAAGAGUAUAACAUUCACCUGCCCGUCUCUUGAAUCAUUAUUACUUUCGAAUUAUGAUGAUGAGCUCUGCAAUAUUAGCAUUCUGCAGGAAAAACUCCAGGAUCUUGGUAUAUCAUGGUGUUCAAAAUCUGGUGGUAAAUCAUUGACAAUCUCUGCUCCCAAUCUCAAAAAGUUUUAUUUCGGGGGAUCUGCAGUGGAUUAUUACAAUUGUAUGAAGGAUUUUCCUCAUCUGUUUCCUCAUCUGUUCAAUGCCGAAAUGGGUCUUCUUUCAUUUCCUACUCAUCAAGCUUCUAGCAAGCACAUCUUUGAUAAGAUUCUUCACAGCAUACAAAGGGCCAAAUGUCUAACCAUAAACGAAUGUUUUGUUCAGGUUUUACUUGAGCAGGGCUGCUUGCCAUUUUUAUUUGAUAAUUUAGAGCAUUUAACAGUGAGAAGAAGUUCAAGAGGUGUCCAAGUACUACCAUUGCGCUCGCUUCUCAGAGGAAUAAUUAAUCUAAAGCAUCUCACCGUAUCAUGUUUAACUCGGGGCUUUGCUAAUGUGACAAACUCAAUGCCUUCAAGAGAGUUUACAUGUAAGAUGGGACAUUGGGAAUCUCAAAAUGUCAUGUUUACUCGGCAAUUGAAAAAAGUAACUAUGGAGCUUUUCGAUAGAGAGGAUGAAGUAGAACUAAUAAAGUAUUUGCUCAAGAAUGCAGAGGAAUUGGAAGUGAUGGAAAUUUUGUAUACAUCACCGGUGUCAUCAGAUUUAAUUACUGAGAUAAGAAAAUAUGAUCAGAGAGGGUGA